GUGAUCUUGGAUAACAAACAUAUAAUAAACAUAAUGAAAAUAUUACACACACACAGUCCGUAGUGCCGGUGAACAGGAGAAUAACAAACGCGGUCUUGGCUCUAAUCUCUUCGCAGAGCGUUUCGUCCUCAUGUACGGUUUCAUCCACUGCGCUUUGGCCGAUCUGGUCAUCGGGAAGUUCGGCGAGGAGGCUUGGAAAGAUAUAAUUAAAAAGGCCGGUGUAGAGCUGGAUGGAGGUUCUUACCUCAUCCACAAGAUCUACGAUGACGAAGAGACCCUAAGACUUGUAGGUGCCGCAUGCGAGGCAACCGGUCUGGAAUUGGACACGGUAUUGGAGGUUUUUGGCGCUCAUUUUUUCGCAUAUUGCGAGAAGUCCGGUUACGAUCGCAUCCUAAAAGUCUUAGGCAGAAAUUUGCGUGACUUCUUGUGUAACCUCGAUGCACUGCAUGAUCAUCUAGCCACUAUCUACCCUGGCAUGGAGGCGCCUUCUUUCCGCUGCACUGAGACAGAUAACGGGACUCUUUUAUUGCACUACUACUCUAAGCGCCCAGGUCUCUCCUAUAUAGUUAUCGGUCUUGUCAAGGCCAUUGCCAAGCAGCUACUGGAGACAGAGGUUAACGUGACUAUUCACCAGGACAUCGACGAGGAGAACGAUCACGUCACGUUUGCGAUCAGGGAAGCAGAAAACAAGCAUUCGUCUGGUUCAAAGCUAGGACUGCAGACAUUCGCCUCUAGCCAUGAGACAGAGAAGGAGGCAAAUAAGAGGUCGAAAGAUGCCUCGGUCAAAAGUGAGACACAUAAAAAGAGGGAGAUGAAUCUGUUGUCAUUCUGCAAGGCGUUUCCCUUCCAUGUGAUGUUCGACCGAAAACUCAACAUCAAGCAGGCAGGCCUCUCUCUCACAAGAAUCAUGACAAAGCAAAAGCUUAACGACACCCUGAAGUUCACGGAUCUUUUCAAAAUCUCGCGCCCUCGAAUGGAGUUCAGUUUUCAGGCUGUCAUAUCUCAUAUUAACACUGUGUUUGUCGUGACUACAAAAGCCGGAGCCGUGCAGCUUCCGGAUAACAUCGAGAGUACUGAUGCGAGCCUUAGACUGAAGGGGCAGAUGCUGUACGUCCCGGAUUCGGAUUGCUUGCUAUUCCUAUGCUCCCCAAGGGUUAAAAACAUGGACUCCCUUAGGGAAAAAGGCCUGUACUUCAGCGACAUCCCAGUGCACGAUGCCACGCGCGAUCUGCUGUUUCUCUCCCACGCGAGGCGCGCGGAACGCGAACUCGUGGAAAAGCUCGAGGAGACCAGUAACAACCUAAAGAAAGUGGAAAGCAAGUUGAUCGAGCAUAAGAAAAGAACGGAUGAUCUACUGUAUUCGAUUCUGCCCAAGGAGGUGGCUGCAAAGCUAAGGUUGAACCAGUCGGUCCCAGCAGAGAGUUACAAGACCGUGACUAUUCUGUUCAGUGAUAUCGUUGGAUUCACGGCGCUCUGUUCCAACGAUAAGAUCGUGCCGAUGGACAUAGUGAAAAUGCUCAAUCGUCUCUACACCUACUUCGACAUGCUAUCAGGGAUGAACGACGUGUAUAAGGUGGAGACUAUCGGGGACGCAUACAUGGUGGUAGGGGGGCUGCCACACCCAUGCGAGGACCACGCCGAUAGGGUGGCGAGCAUGGGUCUCGGGAUGAUGGAGGCCGCCGAUGUGGUCCUCUCUCCAGUCGACAGGGAGCCGCUCAAGAUACGUAUUGGUAUCCAUACUGGUCCAGUAAUGGCGGGGGUUGUUGGUAAGAAGAUGCCAAGGUACUGUCUGUUCGGCAAUACGGUGACACUCGCGAACAAGAUGGAGUCGGGCAGCCAGCCGGGGCGAAUCAACAUCAGCAUUGAUACGAAAAGGCUUUUGAUGAAUACAAGUGAGUACGACUUCGAACCCAAUAAAGUUGUAGCCAAUCCCUUGGAAUGCUUUUUUCUUAAACGAAGUCGUCUCGCUGCAUCCCGACGAACUGCGGGGCUCGAUAUCGCCUCGUCGGUGGCUCCGAAUAGCGUCUGCAUGUUUCGCUCACCGCUCGGGUCUCCUUCGGGAUCACCGGUCACAAGCCGACGACGCGCGAGCUCCGUAGAACCAGCUUCUCAAUCUCGUCUCGCGGGAUCCGCCGAAAUGCAAUGUGAAAGGCAGCGUCGCACGACGAUGCAUCGAUUUGGUACGAGUAGUAAUCGAUCCAAAAGGGGACCCAAGCUCCAAUACGCGCCGGAUGGUAUUGAGAUGGAUCUGGAUGAUAUGUCUGUAGUCGGGUUGAACGAAGAGAAGAUCGUACAAGUCAUGAAACUAAAAGGAAAAGUGGAUGAUGGGUUGCGUGACUACAAUGAUAAUGAAGAUGGCUUUGAUGAUGAGUCUUGAUAUUGUUACUAGUUGCGUGACACGUGACGGCAUAUUCCGUACAAUGAUAAUGGAGAUGAGUUUGAUAAUGAGUCUUGAGAUUGUUACUAGUUGUGUGACACGUGAGGGCAUAUUCCGUACAAUGAUAAUGGAGAUGAGUUUGAUAAUGAGUCUUGAGAUUGUUACUGGUAGCGUGACGCGUGCCGGCAUAUUCCAUACAAUGAUAAUGGAGAUGAGUUUGAUAAUGAGUCUUGAGAUUGUUACUGGUAGCGUGACACGUGACGGCAUAUUCCGUACAAUGAUAAUGGAGAUGAGUUUGAUAAUGAGUCUUGAGAUUGUUACUGGUAGCGUGACACGUGACGGCAUAUUCAGUACAAUGAUAAUGGGGAUGAGUUUUAUAAUGAGUCUUGAGAUUGUUACUGAUAGCGUGACACGUGACGGCUUAUUACAUGUGUGACUACAAUGACAGUGAGUUCGGUGAUGGACCAUUAAAUGUCACGUUACCUGUGGCGUGACGAUUACUGCCGUGCGUGACAAUAACAUCGAAGAUGGGCGAGUUCGAAAAGAAGUCAUGAAAUGUCUUGUGAUAAUGUCGUGCGUAACAAUGACAAUGAGCAAGCUAAAAGGCUGAAAUGUCACGUGAAUUAUGGCGUGACCUGUCUUUUUGUAUGUUACAACGACUUGCCUUAAAACACGAAAGAUAAGGAAUAUGAGAAGUUCCAAUAAAUCGUAUUUUUAUUUUGAUGUUUAAAAAGGAAAGUAGCAAAAAGAACAUAAGUAGCAAAAAAUAAAAAUAAAAACUAUUUUUUUUCUAUCCAUGCAUUUGUUAUGUUUAAAAACGAAUUCAAUAAAGCUUUAAAAAAUA